AGUUAUAGCCCCUGAAGUGAGAACUCUUUUGGAAAGGAGGAACAAAGUAUAAUCACAAAAAUCCGAAGUCACGCUGAAUGAAAUCGGAAGAAGCCGGUGCCUGUUUUUCGAAGUUAAACAGUCGAUAUGUUCCGGAAUCAGUACGAUAACGACGUGACAGUAUGGAGUCCACAGGGUCGUAUUCAUCAAAUAGAGUAUGCUAUGGAGGCUGUCAAACAGGGGUCAGCUACUGUAGGUCUCAAAUCCAAAACGCAUGCCAUUCUCGUAGCUCUAAAGAGAGCUCCAUCAGAGUUAUCUGCUCAUCAGAAAAAGAUCAUUCCUAUAGACGACCAUGUGGGUGUGUCAAUAGCAGGACUGACAGCUGAUGCCCGCCUUCUCAGUAAUUUCAUGAGAUCUGAGUGCCUGAACUCCAGAUAUGCCUAUGAUCAGCCCCUCCCUAUAUCUCGCCUAGUGGGCUCCAUCGGCUCUAAAUCACAAAUCCCGACCCAGAGGUACGGCCGUCGACCGUUUGGUGUUGGUCUCCUAGUAGCAGGUUAUGAUUCCAUGGGGCCACACAUAUACCAGACCUGCCCUUCAGCCAACUACUACGACUGUAAAUGCAUGGCCAUCGGUGCCAGGUCUCAGUCUGCCCGAACCUACCUAGAAAAAUACAUGGACAAGUUUGGAGAAUGUACACUGGAGGAGCUGGUGAAGCAUGGUCUACGAGCCCUGAGGGACACACUGCCAUCUGAGGUGGAGCUCACUACAAAGAACUGCUCUCUAGGAAUUGUUGGCAAAGACAUGGACUUCACUAUCUAUGAUGAUGAUGCAGUAACAAACUAUCUGAACAUGAUUGAAGGUGAAGACAAGGAUCGAGGAUCCCCGGGGGAGGGGGAGCAGGGAGAGGAUGCUGCAUCUCCAAUGGAGGUACAACCAGAGGAUGGACAGGCAGCACCACCAGCGGACCCCGCUCCAGCCGCGCCCGAGGGUGAGGAACAGCAGGCGAUGGAACAUUGACCAAUCUUCACGGCAGCCUGGGACAUUAUUCAUACUCAUCAUGGUCAUGUGACAUAUGCAUGUUACUGGCCAUUCACAUCCAUUUUCAUAUUGUUAUGGAACUUGAAAUUUGAAACUCCAGACAUUGAUAAAUAUACGCUAUUGUCAUGUGGCAGUACCUGAAAGAUUUAAAAAGGAAAAGUAUUGGACUUGUUUGACAGAAGGUCAGGGUGGGGGUGACAGACAGCAAAGGCAGAGACAAGGUGGACAUAUACCAGACAUCUGACCGGAGUUUCAUUGUAAACUGUCGUAGUAAAAACAUUGUGAUGACAUUUUAAAGUGCUACAACAAGAGGGAGCAUUGAAUGUGUAACAUGCAUGAACGAGGACCUGUAAUAUCUUGCAGAAUUCAAUAAUCCUGUACAAGACCUUGGUGCCAUCUAGUGCUACAUACACAACACCAUACAGAAAGGGAUCUACCAUGUUAUAUUUAUUGAUGAAAAAUAAACAUGUUUUCACAAG